UGGAACUGCUGGAACGACUGCAGAAUGGAUCUGCUGGGCAGUGUGGGACGACAGAAGAAGCUAUUGGCCUAUCUGGAGAGCAUGCCGUCUUGGAACCAGAAGCAAACCAGAUUCGUGCAUCUAUUUUAGACAUGGCCCACUGUAUAAGAACCUUCACAGAAGAAAUUUCAGAUUAUUCCAGAAAAUUAGUUGGAAUUGUUCAGCAAAUAGAAGGAGGAGAACAAAUAGUUGAAGAUGGAGUUGGAAUGGCCCAUACAGAACAUGUACCAGGGACUGCAGAGAAUGCUCGCUCAUGUGUCCGAGCCUAUUUUUCUGAUCUUCACGAAACCCUUUGUCGUCAGGAGGAAAUGGCUCUUAGUGUUGUUGACGCUCAUGUGAGAGAGAAGUUGAUUUGGCUUAGACAACAGCAAGAAGACAUGACAAUCCUGUUGUCACAGGUUUCAACAGCUUGCCUUCAUUGUGAAAAGACCUUACAGCAGGAUGACUGCAGAGUAGUGUUGGCCAAACAGGAAAUUACAAGACUACUGGAGACAUUACAAAAACAGCAGCAGCAAUUUACAGAACUUGCAGAUCACAUACAGCUGGAUGCUAGCAUACCUGUCACUUUUACAAAGGACAACAGAGUACACAUUGGACCAAAAAUGGAGAUUCGGGUUGUCACUUUAGGAUUGGAUGGAGCUGGCAAAACAACUAUUUUGUUCAAGUUAAAGCAAGAUGAAUUCAUGCAGCCGAUUCCAACAAUAGGUUUUAACGUUGAAACAGUAGAAUAUAAGAAUCUGAAGUUUACUAUUUGGGAUGUAGGAGGGAAGCACAAGUUGAGGCCCUUGUGGAAGCAUUAUUACCUCAAUACACAAGCGGUGGUGUUCGUUGUUGAUAGCAGUCAUAGAGACAGGGUCAGCGAAGCACACAGCGAACUUGCAAAAUUAUUAACAGAGAAGGAAUUGCGGGAUGCCUUGCUGUUGAUCUUUGCCAAUAAGCAGGAUGUAGCAGGUGCGCUUUCAGUGGAAGAAAUUACAGAACUGCUGAGUCUCCACAAACUCUGCUGUGGCCGGAGCUGGUACAUUCAGGGUUGUGAUGCCAGAAGUGGUACAGGACUUUAUGAAGGAUUGGACUGGCUUUCAAGGCAACUCGUGGCUGCUGGUGUCCUGGAUGUGGCUUAGUUUCACAGCAGCUGCAAUUUUAAGGUUGUAGUUGACUUUUGUUUUGUUUGCAUGAUUCAGGAUGUUGUGGCCAGGUCUGCUGUGUGAAGGAAGAGGGGGACUUUAUUUCACUUGGUGGUAACAGAAAAAUGUAAACCUUUUGUCCUAGAUGGGAUAACUGGUUCAGUAAAUUUGUGCAAUUGCACGUGUGUUUGAAAUUUGAUAUGUUUACAAGUAUUGUGAUGGGCUAGUUACAAGGGUGCCUUGAAACUUUUUUGGUGAAAUUAGGUUGUUACAAGUUAAAAUUCCUCCUUGAUAAAUAUAUGCAUUGGAAUUCAUUUAAUAAUCAUGACAUGGUCACAGUAGCUAAUUGGUAUCAGAAGAUUUGAGUGAUUUAGAAAUACUUUCCCAAGAAACCAUUCUAAAAGUUCAUCUCAAGCUAUUUAGAACAGUCAACUCUGACCGUUGGUCAGAAACAAAUGGUGCUGCUCUUAAUAUCUUAAAAAUGUAUUCACCUAAAGCUGGCAUUGAAAAUGACAUGUGAAUACACUGCAAAAGGAAAAUGUCGUUUCCUCUGCCCCUUAUUUAUUAGAUUCCCCAUUUGUAACCAGAAGGGAAGAGAACAUAAUUUAUUGAGGAAGAACUGAGAAUGGGGAACAGUGUUGCAGCACUAGUGGGCUGUGGCAUGACUAGGGUGCAUGCUUGGUGUGGCAGGGAGGAGACUUGCUUAAAGGGUGCAUGUGCUAUAUUAAUUAUGGACAGAAUAUAGUGAUAUUGAGGUGGAAGUGUUCUGUGUAUGCUUGAGGAUGUAACCUGUCCUUAGAGAUUUAACUUUUGACUCAAGUCAAAUGAAGCUUCAAAAAAGAAUUACUGAAGAAGCAGUAUGGUGAAACAUCAGUCCAGCUAUGUACCUCUAUGUAGAGGUCAUGCUUCCAGAAUAAGGUAGUAGCCUUAAAAUAUUAAAUAACCUUUUGUAAAAGCAGUGUACAACUAAUUAUAACUCUUAGAAUAGCAGAUGGUAAAAUGUGACAUAAACUUUAUUUAUAUUCUGUUUAUUCUUACUGUAUCUUCUAUGUGAACUGUCACCAAUCCCUCUAUUUUUAAAGGUGAUUCAUUCACAAACCCAUGAAAUAUGGUUGUAGCACUGUUUAAAUUUAGAGAAGGUUGGAGUGACUUACUGAUGUCUCCUUUUCUGCUGCAUGCACGGUUCUGAUAAGUUAUGCCUGGUAUGCACACCUCGUAUGAAUCUUCUGGCCCUUCAGUUGCACAACGAUUGCCAACUGAAGAACCUAUGCCACGCACCUCUGCACAUCAGUAGAGGAAUUACAAUGAGCAUAGCCAAUAGAUCAGAAUUACAUAUCAUCUUUUUUUCCUUCCUGGGGUAGAGAUGAAUCACUCAGCAGAAGUGAGCAGUGUUGUUUCACGGAGUUUUUUUUGCCACACUGGAAAGCCUAUUUAUCUGGAGUAGGGCUCUGAACCUCGCCUGGAGAAGAAAAUGUAUCCCAUCAUCUGUGGCUAUGACUUCUAUCGUACUAGUAUCAAUUUUAUGAUGUUUUUCCACUGCAUACAUACAUUAGGCAAAAGCUAAGAAUGUGUAAACAAGUAAUUUAGUAAACUUGCACUCUUGAAGAGGAAGCAGUUGUGGUUAACUACUCCUUCCUAAUGACCGUUGCUUAUAGCUUUCUCUUGUUAAUUAAACAUCACAAAAAUGGUGUUAAUGCAGCUUUAGAUUCUGCAAGUCUAAUGACCUGAAGAGCAGCUGAAAGAACACUAAGCUUUAAUGUAGAUAUUUGUGAAAUAGGCUUACAUGCCUGCAGACGUGUAUGGAUACUGAGAAGGGGUAGUUACUUUCUUUGGAAAACACCUGAUAACUUUUGUACAUAGUUUACAAUGGCUGAAGGGUGUUUUGUUGCACCACGCCAACUAAAUAUUGUUCAUUCUUCCCAGCCUGCAACUUCUUGCACAGUAGACAGUUGGCUGCUCCGACUUGAGUAUCUGCUUGGCCCGUGCUGCAGAGCUGUCCCAGAUCUAGUUAGUGCUGACUGUACUUUUAUAGCUCCAUUUCUAAAAUAUGAACAAGUUCUGCUAAGUGUGGUAGAUGCUUCUCUGGAAUACUUUUAACAGAAAAGACAUGAGUUAUUCAGAAAAUCCUGAAUCUGAAAUUUUGUUUUAGUUGGCUCAGGCUUUGGUUACACAAGCCUCUCAGACUCCUAGCUGUAGUUCUAAUUUGUGUUAUAAAAUGUUCAAGGUGACCAGUUUGCUUUUUUCUAACAGUACAUUUGGGGGCAGAGAAAGAUACUCACUCAUGCAUAUUUCUGAGUACAAAAGGAUUGCUUGUGAUGUGUGGAAUGCUACCAUUAAAGUGUUUUUAAGUGGAACUUAUUUAAGAUGACUUCAAGUAACUGUGAAAAUAAGUGUGGCAUUUGUCUGUGAACUCUUUUGUGUUAACAGGUACACUAAGAAGUUUAUUUGUAUUGUAAGUUAAUAUUAUAUAUAUAUAUAAACUGCUUCAGUUGUAAAUUUAAGCUUGUUUCACCAUUUUUAUUAAACUCUUAGUUUUUAGUGUACUCACUUAUGCAAUAUGUAAUUGGAGUACUUCCUCGACUAGAACUUAACUCAAACAUUACUAACUACAAGGAUUAUUUGAAAAACUGAACAACUCUUUGUAAGGUUUUGACUUAAAUGUGAGCCUGAGUGAAUACUGCAUUCAGUGAUGGUGUUUUGCUUUCUUUAAUGAAUCUUGGUGCAAAAAUAGUAAGUCUAGCCUAACUGGAAAAAGUGCUUUAUCACUUGAUAGGGCAUUACUGUAAGUUACCUUCAAAUUUAUUGUGGACAGAGUGGUACUGGAGGGUUUUCCUCUGAAAUGGUUCUUGAUUUGAUCUGUUGGAAAGGGUGAGAAUGGAAUGAUUUUUUGGAAAGAAAUGGCUCUUUCAGUGGAAACAGUUGAGUUGCUGUAGUUUAGUUGCCCAGAAAAAUGAACCUUUAAAGAACUAACGUCACUAAACUUUUUUUUUUGUGUGUUUAACUUACUGUAAACACUCUAUCCUUGAAGAUAUUCCUUACUUCACUGAAAACAAGUUUCUUAAUGAUUGCAGCUUUUGAGGGAAUUAAUUUGAUUAGUAUCUUCUUUCAAAGAAAUGGUAUGAGAUAAAAACACUACCACCUAUUACAGUGAUUUAGCUAGACUUAUUUCAUUUACUAGAACUGUAAACACAACCCCCCCCUUCAUUAUGCAAAGACAGAAAAUCUAUUCAUGCUCUUAUCCCUGAAAUGAGUGAUAAGUGCUACAACAUCAUUCCAUGUCCCUCUGUCCUGCCUGAAUUCUAGAACAGGAAUCGUACCUUUAUUUGUUCACAUGUAACUAGUUAUGAGCUGAAAACCUGUGGUCUAGGCAUAACCUGAGAUGAAAUACAUAUCGUUAAAUAAUGAAAAGGAAAUCUGUCCCUUUUACAGUUUCAGCAUUACAACUGCGUUAAUACAAAGAUCUGCAACUAAUGGCACGGUAAGAAGGAAAAAAUUGUAUAAUAGAUUAGAUUCUUCUGAAGUCGUACAGUUUAAGCCUACUAAUGCUGUUGUACCAGUCUUCUGUUUUGCUUUUGGAAAGCAACAAUAAAUGUUAAUAACUGCUUUUCUGUUGAUGUGAACGAAAACUUGAGUAUGGAGAAAUAUACCUUUUAAAACCA